AUGGCAGAAUCCAGUUUGGACCUACGGCCAUUAACGGCCCUGGAGAAUUUGGUUGGAGUGCAAAUCGGGAGUUUACAAAUGGGUGAGGGAGGGCAAACAGUGGAGGAGAGUGCUAGGCCCGAUGGUACGGACGCUGACCAACGCAACGCUAUGAAACUGGUGGAGGAUGACAGGGAAAUGUCCAGCGUGUCCCCCGGGGCUGUGGCUGAGGCCGAGGAGGGGGCGGGGAGUCCUGUAGGGGAAGGAGCGGCCCGAGGAUUCCCCGCCCGAGGAUGUCCCCCAGAGUGCUCCUAUCCUUUGGACCCCCCAGAAUCACUCCCUGAGGCACUCCCUUCCCCUGAGGAGCCCUCGGCGAGUGAAGCAGAGCAGAGCAAUGUUGAGAAUACUGAACAAGUGACGGGGAGUGAGGCGGAGACCAGCAGGGCGUGGACUGUGAGUAGCAAGGAACAGGAACAAGAACCUUCCCCCACAGAGAGUGAAAUGUUGGUGGUACAGGAACCUGAGGCCAUGGAGGGAGGUGGGGACUCUAGUGCCAGCAGUGGGGGAGGCGAGGGUAGUGUGUCAGGCACGGCGGGGGCGGGGCCUGAGGAACAGUUCAGCUGGGACUCUGUGCAUUGUGUGUUCUGUGAUUCAAGUGCGCUGGACCAAGAGCCCAAGCUGCUGCCGUGCCUGCACUCCGCUUGCAACAAGUGUCUCACCCAUGAGGCAGCCGAGCCAGAAAUGAACAAGGAUGAGGACAUUGUGGCCAUGGACCCGCUGAUCCACUGUCCAGUAUGCAAGAAGGGUUUCUCACAGGAGAGCAUCCUUGACAACAUGUUUGUGUGUGAGGCGCAGAGCAGCAGCGAGCGGGGUCCCAACGGCAGCGUGGAGGAGAGCUUCACAUGCACCUCUUGCACCGAUGAGGCUGUGGCCACCGGCCUCUGCACUGACUGCUCUGAGUGGCUAUGUGACCAGUGCAUACAGGCCCACAAGAGAGUGAAGGUGACCAAAGACCACAUCAUUAAGGCCAAGGGGGAGGUGGAUUCAGACUCACCUUCCAAGACGCAAGUCAAGAAAUCUCUCUUCUGCAAUGUGCACUCCAAGGAAAAGUUGAACCUCUACUGCCAAACCUGUGACCAGUUGACGUGUCGAGACUGCCAGCUUAUAGAGCACCGAGAACACAAGUACAAGUUUUCAGAGGAGAUGGCUAACCUGACGCGGGAGAGGCUGCGUCAGUUCCUCAUGGACAUCCGGAAGAAGAGAGGUUACAUUGAGAAUGCCAAGGAACUCGUGGCCGAACGCAGGCAGCAGAUCCUCAACAAGCAGGAGUCAGUGCAGGCAGACAUCAACAGGCUGGUGGAGACGUUCAUUGACAUCAUCAGGACGCGAGGGAACACGCUAUUUGAGUUGCUGCGGGAGGUGUGCAACAGCAAGCAAGAGCAGCUAGACAAGAAGAACGAGGUGCUGCUACACUUAGGCUCCCAGGCAGACCACUGCAUCACUGUGGUGGAGGCCGUGCUCACCACCUCCUCUGACAUGGCUCUGCUCUACUCAAAGAAACUGUUGAUGGAGCAAGUGUUGAAGGUGGACAAGGACUCACCUGACCGGAGUCUUUUUGACCGCUUCAAGGCAAAACUGAAUUCUGGAGACGACAUUUCCCUCAGGAUAUCCAGCGAGUCACGGGGCCUUGGCAAAGCUCUGAAGGACGUUGGCUAUCUAUUGGUAGACAACAAGAUCUACCCUCCUCCUGACGCGGGGCUGCAGAGCAAGGCCCGCUCCUCCCAGCCCUCCCCAGUGGAACAGGCAGCCUCACCUCAGCCACCACAACCCCCCCAGCCCCCGGCACUUACACCUAUGCACUCACACAUCCAGCAGCAGCAGCAGCAACAGCAACAACAGCAGCAGCAGCAGCAACAACAACAACAGCAGCAGCAACAACCUCAUCAUAUACAAGGCAGCAGUAACAUGCACCACAAGUUUCACACGUUUGGUCCGGCUCCUCCUGGCCCGGCCAACCCUCCAGGCCUGGUGAGGAUACAGCCCAAGCCCUCCACACAACCUCACCCCGGCCCCAGUCACUCCAACUUCCCUCGCAUGCCUCAGCUCACCCAGGGUCGCUCCUCGGACGUCUCCUCCUCCGUCUCCUCCACCACUCACCCCAUUGGGGAAAACAGUCACCUGCGUGGCCUGCUGGGCUCCGGAGGCACGUACAAACUCAACACCUUCAACCCACACCUGGCGGCACGGCUGCAGCAGCACCAGCAGCACCAGGGGCAGCCCAGGCACCACGACCAGCAGCCCACCAGCAGGCCGUCUCUGCCAUUCAGACAGAACAUCAACCCAGCCGCUGCAGUGGCCAUGGCCAACAUCUCCCAGAUGGCGGCCGUGUCUGCCGCCAGCUCCAACCCGCUGGGCAUGGUGAACAUCGCCGCGCAGCUCAACCCUCCCUCUGGCAUCAGCAUCACCCCCGUGCCACAGCAGAAGGCACACCAGCAGCCACACCAGCCAGCGCUGCCCCACCAGCAGCAGCAUGCGCAGCACCAGAAGCAGCAGCACCUCACGCUGCACGGCAUCCUGCGCAACACGCUGUCCCAGCCCAACAUUGGGCCCAAGCCGGACUCGAGGCAGGCGUCCCCACACAGCACGCAGCAGCAGCAGCAGCAGCAGUCCCAUGUGAAGAAGGACAGCAGCUCCCCCACGCCCUCCUGGCACAUCCCCCAGACGGCCGAGUCCUCCAAGUCAUCCCUCAAUGCCUCGCCGAUGGUCUCUAUUCCUUCAGAACACGUCGACAACUCCUUCAAGAUCAUGUUGGGCUCAUCCAAAUCUAAUGGAGGGGUGAGUUCUACUUCUCCUCCCACCACUACCACCUCCACCACAAUCUCCAACAACAGUACAACCUCCAACACUCCAAACUUGCCCCCACUCACCAGGAUUUUAGGGUUUCGGUCCAUUCUCCCCAAGCCCUCAGCAUCCUCAGAGGCGCCGGCCGACUCCAGUGUGCCAUCCCAGAGUGCGGGCCAGGACUCAUCAGAAGACAACAAACUUAAGGUCAUAGCAGCUCCCAUGGUCUCUAUCAGCCUGUCAGCACUCACCUCAGCCACCUCCUCCACCACCACCACCAGCGCCUUCACCAGUACCAGGGUCAAAGAGGAGCCAGCAACCCGUGCUGACAGCUCCUCUAGUCCCUCGAGUGGUGUCACAAGUGCCGAGGACAGAUUACACGUCACGGAGAAUGGUGACGGCAGGAGUCAGAAGAGGAGAGACGAGCAGAGCAAUGACAGUGAGGACAGCUUGCCAGGACUCACAAUAGACAUGGGCACCACAGACUCGGCCGCUGCAGUGCCCAGUGAGCCUAGGAAUGGUAAAAAUUUGGGCAUUCCACCGGGCACCUCUGUUCCGUGGAAGAAAGACCCCAAUGAUCCGAAUGAUGAUUGGUGUGCUGUGUGUUGGGAUGGCGGGGAUCUCAUCUGCUGUGACUUCUGUCCUAAGGUAUUCCAUGUGCACUGCCACAUCCCCACCCUGACACACCUUCCUACGGAGAAUGAGAAGUGGCAGUGCAUGCUGUGUACAGACAUGGACGGCCUGCAGCUCCUCGACCCCAAUGAGAAAUCAAAAAGAAAGUUGGAGCUCACUACCCGAGAUCUCAAGGUGGCCCAGAGGAUACUGCUGGAGCUCUACUGUAACUAUGAAGCAUCUCAGCCCUUUAGAGAACUGGUGGACCGGGAGCUGACAGAAUACUACGAGGUGAUCAAGCAUCCAAUGGCGCUGGAGAUUGUGAAGAGGAAGCUGGCCACAGACUCUCCUGACCCUUACCAGUGUUUGGAGGACUUCGUCAGGGACAUCAGACUCAUCUUUAAGAACUGCUAUGAAUUCAACCCAAAAGACACAGAAAUCUACCAAAAUGCCAAGAUUCUAGAGGACUUUUUUGAGCAGCUACUGGAGAAGUGGUUGACAGACUACGCGUUUGACACCAUGGAUGGCGUGCAGGACCCAGAUACUCCAGAACCAAAGAAGAAGAAGAAACCCAGCAAGGAGACAGACAGUGUAUUUCACUUUCACUGAACUCUUUGGUUGGUUGUAAGUAGGAAAAAAAACAUUUAUGCAUAUUCUCUCUCAGCAAAUUCUUGACGUACGCAGACGUAAAGUUAGUUUUUUAUAUUCCCUCGAAAAGAAGAAAAUAUUGGCCUUGUUGAAUGAGUGGUCAUUUUUUUCUGGGUUAAUAUUUGCCAAGAUCUCAGAAUGUAUAUUGUGAAGUGUGGGAGAGAAGGUGAGAGAAGAGCAGUGUGAAUAUGAAGUGUAAGAAGAUAGAAAGAGGAACAAGAGAGACAGACGAGAAGAGUGAUGCAAUAUUGAGUUGUGGAGAUGAGAGAAGAAUGGAUGGAAAAGAAGAAGGCAGAGAAGUAGGGAAAAAAGAACAGGAAGGGCA